UUUAGCAGCUGCAAUUUUUUUGCCGUGAUUCGGGGUGAAGAAAAGGCUCUGUGAAAUCCUACAAACCUAUAUAUAUCUAAGCCAAGAUUCUUUGCAGAUGAGAAUCAAAGAUUCAAGGAAGAAGGAAUGGAGCAACUGCAAUUCGCGGAUGGAUUAGUGAAAGAAUUCCUCUUGUACAGAGGAUUCACCAGCACGCUGCAAGCUUUCGAGAAAGACUUAGCAACUGAUGUUGGCGAAGGAUUUCAAGUCGACGACAUUAUGAACCUAAUUUUCGGCGUCUACGUCCCCCAAUAUGAGGCUGCCAAGUUGAUCGAUCUGCUAAUCUUUUUCAACACUUACACAAAUUCGGAUCAGAAAUGCAUUGAUAUUGUUGCGAAAUUGCAGCAGUCAGUCUUGCGUUAUUACGUUGUUUAUUGCUUGAAACAUGAGAAGAGAGACGCAGUGCUGGAGCUGUUCGAAUAUUAUGGGAAAGGUCUCGCGCGGACUGAUCCGAGUUGGUGUAAUUGGUUCUCGCUUCCGUAUUUGCCGAAUCCGCUUUUGGAUUCACGGUUUAACGUCUUCUUUUCGGAUGUGUGGUUCCAAACGUUGUACAUUUCUCUUAGGACUUUCUUGAGGAAGAUUCUCACUGGAACUCGUACCCCUGCCUUAUUGGAGAUAGUUUCUGAAAGGGACACUGUGAAGCAGCUGCAACAAGAGAUACAGCAGCUUUCUCUCAAGUUAUCUCAAGCUCAGACUUCGUUGAAGGCAAAGGAGGCACAAUCCAGUUCUGGUUCGAACGAUCCUGCUGUUGAUAGUAGAAGUAAUGAUGAUAGCCAAAGCUGUAAAGAAGUCUCUGUUACAGGCAGUGAUUCUGAUCAGAUUAAUGAAGAAGAUUUUCCUCAAGUGAAAACAAAGUUUCAGUAUACGUUCGAGGGCCACACAAGUCCAAUCAGUUGUAGCCGCUUUUCUGCUUCUGGUGACAAUGUAGCGAGUGCUUCUGUGGAUGGCACAGUCAGUAUAUGGACCUUUGAUUCAUCAGCACCGACAUCAAGAAAUGCAACCAUCCACUGUGGAGCUGAGAUCAUGUCUCUUGAGUGGGAUUGCAGGUCCAAUAAUUUGCUACUCAUGGGCACUUCUGAUGGAUGCAUAAAAGCAUGGAAUGCAGAUGCUAAGCGACUUGUUUGUGAUCUAAAUUCUUCAGAAGCAUAUCCGAGUAUUUUGGACCUGAAAUGCAGUCCCGUGGAGCCUAUUUUGGUUUCUGCAGCAGCAUCUGGGAGGCAAGUUUCUGGUAGUUCUGAAUCUUCUGAUAGCUUGGGUUUUGCCUCAUUGACUGUAUGGAACUUGAAGUCUUGGAAAGCUGUGACUGUCCUUCCUCUAGGAAAAGAUCCACCAGCAAUAACCUCUUUGAGCUUCAAUGGCAAUGGAAAGCUUUUAGCAGCAGCUGGAACAGGUGGAUCGAUUCAUAUGUUUGAUAUGUCUUCUUGCAAACAACUUGUUGGAUGGACUGCACAUGAUUGUGCGAUUACGUCAAUUCUUUUUGGGCCCAAUGAGUCCAGUAUCUUUAGCUUGGGAACUGACGGAAAUAUAUGUGAGUGGAGCUUGAAGAAUCUAGGCAAAGUAAUUUCGUCAAGAAAUUGCAGCAGGUUUUGCAACCUCGAAAAUUCUUCUCAAUGGAGACAUGAAAUGGCUUUCGAUGCAGAGAGGAGUAGACUUCUAGUGACUUCUGGUUUAGAAACAGCACCAAUAUACCGGCUUCAUGGUCAAAGUAGCAUGGGAACUCUUCGUCAUAAGGGAUCGAUCACAACAGUAGAUUGGCAUCCACGCUUGCCCAUCCUCUUGACAGGGUCAUCUGAUCAUUCUGUGAUGGUCACAUCAAUAUCAUUAAAGUGAUAAUUCCUUUUUUCGAUUGGUUGGGGCGUAGGUAUGUUUGAUUAGUUCUUGAUGUACUACUAUCCUAGGUUUUUUAAUGACAUAGUCGGAGUAGAUGAUAUUCAAGGUUGCCUUGCUUUGUAAAACAUCUUUAUUAUUGAAAAUUUGAAAUGUAUAUGA